AUGCGGUGGUCCAUACUAGUCCUGCUGCUCCUGUUGUGCAGCCAUAAUUUGGCACUGCGAGCAGGUGACAUCUGCCCACAGGACAGCAAUCAUGAGCAGACAGCCGACCCUACACCCACUGUGGACCCUAAACUCUUUAACAAGAGGCGCUAUCGCUCACCCCGUGUGCUUUUCAGCGAACAUCCUCCUGAUUCAGAGCCCUCAGAACACCAGGGGCAGGGCAGGACAAAAAGGAAAGCUGGACAACCCCAGCAUCGUGGGGUAUACUCAGUGUGUGAGAGCGUUAGCUUCUGGGUGGGAAAUAAGACAAAAGCAACAGACAUCUCGGGCAACGAGGUGAUUGUACUACCUGACGUAAACAUCAACGAUGUCAAGAAAAAGCAGUACUUCUUUGAGACGACGUGCACCGGGGGCAGACCUGGAGGCUCGGGGUGUUUGGGGAUCGAUGUGCGCCACUGGAAUUCAUACUGCACCAACUCUCACACGUUUGUGCGAGCAUUGACUUCUUUUAAGAACCUGGUGGCUUGGAGACUUAUUAGGAUCAACGUAGCGUGCGUGUGUGUGCUCAGCCGCAAAUCCUGGAGACAAUGA